AUUAGAGCAUAUGAUCCUGCAGGACGGAAAGAGAAACAUUUCAUCCAUUCCGUCUGUUAUUUGAGCAAAUAUAAGAAAAAAGACAAAAUGCCUGGACGGGGGAAAUUAAUCGCCGUUAUAGGGGAUGAAGACACGUGUACCGGAUUCCUCCUCGGAGGGAUCGGAGAGCUGAACAAAAACCGAAAACCCAAUUUCUUGGUGGUGGAAAAGGACACUAGCAUCACAGAGAUAGAGGAGACCUUCAAGAGUUUGCUGGCUCGCAGUGACAUUGGCAUCAUCCUCAUCAACCAGUUCAUCGCAGAGAUGAUUCGUCACGCUAUAGAUGCCCACAUGGAGUCAAUCCCGGCCGUUCUGGAGAUUCCUUCAAAAGAGCAUCCGUAUGACGCCUCCAAAGAUUCCAUCCUGCGACGGGCCAAGGGCAUGUUUUCAGCAGAGGACUUCCGAUAA